AUGACCGACCUAUACACGUCCCUCGGAGUCUCUCCCAGGAAGAAACGCCAACUCAUUAGUUCAGACGACGAGACCACUUUCACUCCGAAAAAGCUUCGAACUGCGCCACCUACACCACCCUCCUCUGCUCACAAGGGCAGCAAACCAAAUCACACGUCGUUACCACAUCACCUUUCACGACUCAACACAAUUCAAACAGCCUUGCAGCAUGCAUUAUCACAUGCACUAGCAACGUGCGCCGUGUCUCCAUCCUCUGACACAGGCAUAGUGCGAAAUGUGCUCAAUCAUAUGUCCAUCAUGACUUACUCUGGACUCGCAACUAAAUUCGACACUGAUGAUCUUAAGCGACUUUGCUGGAUAUGGGAGUGGGAUGCAGAGUCACUUCCUGACCUUACAAGCAAAUACGAGGCAAUUGAUGAUGAGAACCCCUUCUUAGAUGCCCCUGCACAGCCUCCUGCCAAAGACUGGACGCGAGGCGCGAUGGGAUUGGUUAUCAGCCCAACUACCCAUUAUUCCAAGAGCGCAGGCAAACGCGUACCUGUAUAUGGUAUUGGUAUCGAGGUUGAAAUCGAUAUUGACAAACAUAUGGGGGGUGGUAUGGCCGCGGUGGCUCGAUGGACCGCCGAUGCAGAGAAGCGACGAACUGAGUUUCGAAAUAAACUCGAGCGCUGGGUUAAGCUUCACUCUGAUGUCCCAGAUGUGCCAAAUGUCCCUUUGGCAGAUCUCUCGGAGCUUGUGACUACAGUCAAGGCGUCCUCGUUGACUCGAGUGCUUGCUUCUGCCUCGCCUAAGGGUGCUUCAAUUCUUAAGAAUAUGGUUCCGUCUAGUCCGACCUCACCGGUGAAGUCGUCUGUGAAGCGUUCUAUCGCCGCAAACGAGUUUGCAGUCUCCUUUCCUGCGAUUAGUCCCUCAAAGUCAGCCCUUGCAUCAUCCUCAAAAUCUUCCGUUGCAUUUCCUCAAACACCAUCAUCGCGUCAGAGGCGCGCAGAUCUUUUGGUCGGUCUUCUAACCCCCAAGACUCCUGCGCGUCAUAGAUGCGAGAGCGAUGCAUCAGACUCUCUACCUAUGACACCUGUCCAUCAACGCGGUGCUAACGCGGAGACCGCACCUUCAACUCCGAGUACAUCUCGUCGUCAAGCUUUAUAUGACCGAGUUCGUCAGAAGUCUGUCACUGCCAGUCCAACCAAGGCAAGGAGCACGGAAGUUGUGGGAGGAAAACUUUCUAGGGAGCAGAUCCAGAAAAUGGGUCAGGAAGAGAUCCGACGGCGCUGCCUACUCGGUCGCUUAGGUGGUGUCGCCGAGAGUGCCUGGAUGCUCUUCUCGGCUCCUGUCGGACCGACUUCCACGUCAACUAUUCGCAAACGCAAAGCUCUUCCUACCUCUGAGGUCGCGGCUGCGAUCAUCAAAUCUUCCCCUGUGCCAAUGUCAACUCUAGAAGCAAAUGAGUCACUCAGACUACUCACGACGCUUUGUCCAUUCUUCCUGCGACCUCUGGAUAUCGCCGGAAAAGAAUGGCUUGAGAUGCCAUCUACGUCAUCGGCGCAGGACUCUGAUGGUAGCACUGUCAACAAGUCGAUACCCCUCAGUCCAACCAAGAAGCCCGCUGGUAGCAAACUCGUCCCACCACCCAGUCCAGGUGCUCGAUCUACUUCUACUAUAGGUCCACCGCCCAGUCCCGGCUCUCGUGCGAAACUCGACAGCACCGAAAUACUCACGCGAAGUCCCAGGCGAGUUAAACGCGAAAUGGGCGGCCUCAGAGAAGUGAGGGAAAUUAUUCGAAGAGAGCUGGAGCUACAGGAUUAG